AUGGAUAAAAUCAAAUCGACUACACGUCAACUUGAAGAGGCCAUUGGAGACAUCGGAAAACUCUUCAUUGACGAGCGAAAAUCAUUUUCUGAAGACCUUCCUAAUACCUACACCUACUACUGCGCAAAGCUGCAAAAACUGCCGUCUCUCCUUGGAGAGAACCCCGUCUACAUUCCUUUGAAGGAGCAUUUCGAUGAAAUCACAAGUAUCCUCGAGGAAUUCUCCAACAUGAUCAAGCAGUUGCGUAAACUUGCUGUGGACAGCACGAUAAAUAAGGGGAAGGAGCAAAAUCACGAUACAAUGCUAAAGGCGCUCUCCUUGGAGGCGGAGUUUCACUGGGUCCUAAAGAACCAAACUGGACGGCUGACCCUGGGUCUUGCCGAUUUUUGCGAGUCUCAUGCUCGGCUGCUUGAGGAGGACGCUUUUUUCUGUUACAAAGCUGUGGACUUUCUCAGAUUUAGGCCAAGACAGAGCAUUGCAAACUACACAUAUAUUGAGGUCUCCCUUAAUUCGCAACAAGGUGGUAAACAAGUGUGGGAGAGCCAGGACCGGGAGGCUUGUGAGUCAGAUAGAUCUCCCCCCCCUCCGCCGACAGCUUCCAAGGCACAGCCGACUGCUUCUCUAGUCACCACCUCCGCCACCGGCGGUACCACUCCCGGGCGGUAUAGCAGCCCAUACCAGGAGUCCGGUCAUCAGGUUGAAAGAGGGAUAGGAUCUCACAGUCAUUCCCAUUGUCAUCACGGUCACAGUCACUCCUCGUCAUCCUCCUCUUCUCACCACUCCGGUUCUCGAAAGUCGUCUUCUCAGCAGCAGCAUCGUAGUGGGAGUUGUGAGUCUCCACUCAUGCGAGUCUCCAAAAAGGGCGAUCUUCUAACACUUAAAAUGAUGGUGAAGGAAGGCGCUGACGUAAAUGAGCAAGAUGCCAAUGGUCGGACGGCGCUCCAUGAGAGCAGUCUGCAGAAUUUUUUGCAUGUUGUGAGCUACCUUUUGAAGCACAAUGCAAACCCCAACGUACAAGCCAUGCCCCGCAGUGGUGGUGGUGUGGGUACUGGUGACACACCACUGCAUGAAGCUGCUCGUGAGGGUCACAUUCGUAUAAUUCGUGCGUUGCUGCGCUAUGGCGCCGACCCGAAAAUCUGCAACAACAAUGGUGACCGACCAACUGAUCUUUGCCCCAAUGAAGCCAGCCAAUUGGUCUUUAAACAAAGUAAUCAGUCUCGAGACUACCCAGUUAUAGCAAACACGACAGCUGCAUCAUCGGUUCCGGUGAAGAAAGUCUCUGUCACAUCUACAUCAAAGUCACCACCGCCACCAUCUUUGGAAGGUCACCACCAGGUUCGAAUCUCCUUUGCAGAGGAACAGGGUAGCAGUGGUGGCAAUGGUUGUAUCAAACGGCGAGGUAGUCCUGAUCUCCCCAGCUCAAGUCCAGUUUGUGGGCAAGGGCAACAGCACUCUUCCAAAAAAGACCCAUAUGCCUUUGACGAUGAGGAGGUGGAACUGGCAUCCCAACCAAGCCAAGAGAAUGUCACUCAUGCGUCUGCAAACACGACUGUCGUCACCUCCUCUUCACCUCUGCAGUCACAUCGCUUCAGCACAACUUUUGUGCCUUCUAGUACUUCUACCGUGGCUGCUGUCGUUUCCUCCUCUGUCCUUAUUAACACAGCCUCGGGAGAUUCUCUUCAUUCAGUUUCAACCUCAGUCUCACCAAAUCCCGUUGUUGGUAGCGGGGGUGGGGGAGGACCACCACUGAAGCUGCGUUUUGCUAUGGAAGCUGGCCACUACACCGUGAUGGAAAAUCAAGAAAAUCCGCCGGAACAGGCAACUGUCGUUGUUAAUUCCUCUGCUGCCACUGCUGCUGUGCCUUCUGCCACGACAACAACAAUUAUAGAUGUGCUGCCUAUGGAAGGGGGGAUGAUGGUCGGCAGUGCAGAAGAAUUGAACCAGGGGUUGUCCAUGGAUGCAAAUUGCAAGCUAGAAUCUGGGGAACAGAAGCCGUCUAGUUUGUUGGAGGAGAGUGUCGAUCGCGAGAGCGACAAUGGGCGAUCGCCGAGGGUGCCUCCCUUACGUAUUAAAUUGGGCAAUAGUACGCCUCCGCCCUCUCACUCGUACUCUUCAUCGUCACUUACACUUGAGCAGUCUCAAAACGAAGGUAGCGGACUCAACGGUGGAGAUACCACAAAGGAACUGACUUUGGGAAGCGAGAGGAAGCAGGGCCUUGAUGACGACGCUUCGGUUGCUGCAUCUCAGCUUAAACCAAAGUCGGAAACACUCAGCGAGUUGGAGGAAGGAAAAGAGGAAAGAGAUGAAAAGGGUGGCAAUGAUGUGCCCAAGGCUGAACAGGACGAAAUUGGACUUGGAACUACAGGAGAUAGUGAAGAAAAGAAGUCAGCGGAUGCAACUUCUUCAGCAUCACAUCAAACAAAACGGGGGGUCGGUUGUGGUGCUGGUGGUGGAAAAGUGGUUAAAAUCACUUCCAAUGAUUCAGCCUCUUUAAAAAGGCAUGCUGCUCUAGAGUCGAACGAAGUCAAAUUGAAGGACAUGAGUGAGACGAAGAUAGAAGAUACGUCCAAAACUCGGAGCUUCCGGACACUUCGUUCGCAUACAGCAGCACAGCGAGAAAGGGAAGAACGCGAAAAAAAUUCUGACGUGGCGCCUCUGAAGAAGCGUAAGUACCGCUCAAAAGGAAGUAAUGGAGGCAGUGGUGUAGAGGGUGGUGGUGGCGGUGAAGUUGAUGCUGGUAAGUCAACGGACCAUGAGGAUGCUAACGCUGCAAACGAAGCGUCGUCUUUGCGGUCCAGCUCCACUAAUGAGGACAUUGCGGCACCAGGAGCGGCUGAAGAGGAGGUGCAAAGUCCGUCCGGUGAGGCAGUUGCUGCGUCUUCCUCCUGUGGUCACGAUCAGGUCACUAGGUCUGCUCGCGUUUUUGACGAUCCCAGCAAGCCUAGUGCUGUGGGCUGGGGUGAGAAUCCUUAUGAAAAGGCCGCGGAACUCAAUCAUGGGAACAUGACGCCUAUGAACAUCGUUAGUAACUGUCUUCAGCUCUCUGAACUGAUUGGGAAGCUGGUGGAAUUACAACCGAAGGAACCAACGGGCUAUCAAGACUAUCUACUUGUAACCCGGGAUUAUCUCCUUGCUGGCAACACUCCUCAUCUUGUCAGUCGACGCCAAUGCCCUCCUGAACUCCCUCAAGCACUGAUCGAGCUAUUCGAAGAGCAGGAGGAUGAGCGUCACAUACAAGCACUCAAACACCAGUCGGAAAGGGAACAGCUUCGACUCUGUGCCGAGCAGUCCGUACUUAGGGCCCAGACGAGAGCUACGAUCGCUCUAGCCAACCAGCCUCGGCCUCUUUCCUUCUGUUCUGUGAUGGCACUCAAGGGAUUCACCUAUCUACCACCAUUCAAAGACCCUGAGCACAGGGAUGAAGAAAGUGUGCGAGAUCGUUUCAAGGCUCGAACUUUAAUCGGCUGGCUCCAAGACAUAAAGGACAAUUUCCAUUUAGAAAAGAAGAAACUUCUCUGUCGUCAAUUACACGAGGCUGAGUCGCUGAUGAUGGUACAGAAACUGGACUGGGAGGUGAAACUGAAAGAGCUACACCUGUACGACCAUGGAACAAACAUCUUUGAUCAAAUACCCAACCAACACGUGCCUCUCAUUGGGGUACCGAGUGACUUUCCUCUGUUUGUUCACGAUCCCAUCCAGCGCCCUUCCUGA